UCUACCAAGGUUAAACCCUUCAACAAUGGAGCAGGAUGUGGAGAGCCCAAUCACCAUCCGACAGCCCAAGCUGCCCAAACAAGCCAGGGAUGACUUUUGCAACCAGAGGGCCGACAAGGAGAGAGCUAAGAGGAAGAUCCAGAGGUACGUGCGCAAGGACGGGAAGUGCAACGUCCACAAUGGGAACGUGAGGGAGACCUACCGGUACUUCACAGACAUCUUCACCACCUUGGUGGACCUAAAGUGGAGAUUCAACCUGUUCAUUUUCGUCUUGGUCUACACUGUGACGUGGCUUUUUUUUGGCAUGAUCUGGUGGCUCAUAGCCUACGUCCGAGGAGAUCUGGAACACAUCGGGGACAACCAGUGGACCCCUUGCGUCAAUAACUUGAAUGGCUUUGUCUCUGCCUUUCUGUUCUCAAUAGAAACGGAGACCACUAUCGGCUACGGCUACAGGGUCAUCACGGACAAAUGCCCUGAGGGAAUCGUUCUGCUGCUGGUUCAGUCAGUCCUGGGGUCCAUAGUCAACGCCUUCAUGGUGGGUUGCAUGUUUGUUAAGAUCUCUCAGCCCAAGAAGAGGGCUGAGACGCUAGUGUUCUCUACCCACGCUGUCAUCUCCAUACGGGAUGGCAAGCUGUGUCUGAUGUUCAGGGUGGGGGACCUGAGGAACUCUCACAUCGUGGAGGCUUCCAUCAAAGCCAAGCUGAUCAAGUCCAAGCAGACCAAGGAAGGCGAGUUCAUCCCCUUGAACCAGACGGACCUCAACGUGGGCUACGACACGGGCGACGACCGCCUCUUCCUGGUCUCGCCGCUCAUCAUCUGCCAUGAGAUCAACGAACACAGUCCUUUCUGGGACAUUUCCAAAUCCCAUCUGGCCAAGGAAGAGCUGGAGAUCGUGGUCAUACUGGAGGGAAUGGUGGAGGCAACAGGGAUGACGUGCCAAGCCAGGAGCUCCUAUGUGGCGAGUGAGAUCCAGUGGGGCUAUCGCUUCUCGCCAGUUCUGACGCUGGAGGACGGGUUCUACGAGGUGGACUACAACAGCUUCCACGAAACCUACGAGACGAACACACCGCCCUGCAGCGCUCGGGAGCUGGCAGAGAUGACAACCCGAGCGGGGAUGCCUGUCUCCUGGUCAAUCAGCAGCAAACUGAACGAGCAAGCCGAGCUGGAGACGGAGGAGCAAGAGGAGAGGAGAAGUCACGGCAACCAGGACCAAACAGAGCAGAACGGAGACGUCGCCAACCUGGAGAACGAAUCGAAAGUGUAAUAAAACUGGAAGGCAUGAAACGAAACAGAAACGGGGAAUCUCAGCUCCCUGAAAAUGCCUUUUUUGGUCUUGUU